CGGCGACGUAAGUGUCAUGGCGCGCCCCAUCUGAGGUCUGUGCGCUUUCCCGACAGCAACGUGUGGAUUUCUUCCGCUGUGGCCAGAGUCGUCUUUGGAGAGGACCUGAGACCAAUUGCAGAUCAUUCAAGAAAAAAUGCCUUCUGCAUCCUGCGAUACACUCCUCGAUGACAUUGAAGAUAUUGUAUCACAGGAAGACUCAAAACCACAAGAUCGGCAUUUUUCAAGAAAGCAUGUUGUUCCCAAGGUGCGAAAGCGAAAUACGCAAACGUAUUUACAAGAAGAAAACAGUCCACCAAGUGAUAGCAUUAUUCCAGGCAUCCAGAAAAUUUGGAUACGAACAUGGGGUUGUUCACAUAAUAAUUCAGAUGGAGAAUAUAUGGCUGGACAACUAGCUGCUUAUGGCUAUAAAAUUACAGAAAAUGCAUCAGAUGCAGAUUUAUGGCUCCUAAAUAGUUGCACUGUGAAAAACCCAGCUGAAGACCACUUUAGAAACUCAAUCAAGAAAGCUCAAGAGGAGAACAAGAAAGUAGUGCUUGCUGGCUGUGUUCCUCAAGCCCAGCCUCGCCAGGACUACCUCAAAGGACUGAGUAUCAUUGGGGUUCAACAGAUAGAUCGGGUGGUGGAGGUUGUGGAGGAAACAAUUAAAGGUCACUCUGUGAGACUGUUGGGCCAGAAGAAGGAUAAUGGAAAGCGGUUGGGGGGAGCACGGUUGGAUUUGCCAAAGAUUAGGAAGAAUCCACUGAUAGAAAUAAUUUCCAUCAACACUGGGUGUCUCAAUGCUUGUACCUACUGCAAAACUAAACAUGCCAGAGGAAAUUUGGCCAGUUAUCCAAUUGAUGAACUAGUAGAUAGAGCCAAACAAUCUUUUCAAGAGGGUGUUUGUGAGAUCUGGUUGACCAGUGAAGACACGGGGGCCUAUGGCAGAGAUAUUGGCACUGACCUCCCCACACUCCUAUGGAAGCUGGUGGAAGUGAUUCCUGAAGGAGCGAUGCUCAGGCUUGGCAUGACAAAUCCACCCUAUAUUUUAGAGCAUCUGGAGGAAAUGGCGAAAAUCCUUAAUCACCCCAGAGUGUAUGCCUUCCUGCACAUCCCGGUCCAGUCUGCCUCUGACAGCGUGCUCAUGGAUAUGAAGAGGGAGUACUGCGUGGCGGACUUCAAAAGAGUGGUGGAUUUUCUGAAGGAGAAGGUUCCUGGAAUAACAAUUGCUACAGAUAUUAUCUGUGGUUUUCCUGGAGAAACAGAUCAGGAUUUUCAAGAAACAGUGAAACUUGUGGAGGAGUACAGAUUCCCAAGUCUCUUUAUUAACCAGUUUUACCCAAGACCAGGAACUCCUGCUGCAAAGGCAGAACAAGUCCCGGCACAAGUGAAAAAGCAGAGGACAAAAGAUCUUUCUCAAGUAUUUCAUUCUUACAAUCCAUAUGACCACAAGAUAGGUGAAAGACAACACGUGUUAGUAACAGAAGAAUCUUUUGAUUCCAAGUUUUAUGUUGCACACAAUCAAUUUUACGAACAGGUGUUAGUGCCAAAGAACCCUUCAUUCAUGGGGAAAAUGGUUGAAGUGGACAUUUACGAAUCAGGAAAACAUUUUAUGAAGGGCCAGCCAGUAUUGGACGCCAAAGUAUACACACCAUCUAUCAGCAAACCACUGGUGAAGGGAGAAGUCUCAGGUUUAACAAAGGAAUUCAGAAACAGGCUUGGGAAUCAUGCAGGUUCGGCAUCCUACACCUCUACUGAAACUCAGCCCACCUCAGCAGUCUCCAGAGUGGCGCUAAACCUGCAAAGACUCCAUCAAGACUGUGCACUGAGGACAGUGGCGGCUCUCGCCUUGCUUGCGUUUCUUCUUGCUUUUCUUGCCAAGGUCUACAAUUAGAGCCCAAUUAGAGGCGUCUGUGCACAAGAAGUUUCUAACUCAAAUCUCCUGUCCCAGGGGACAGGAAAGUGGCGCAUCCGUUCUCAAAGGGCGGGCAUCUGACCAGCUCGUUCAGCCUACUCUUCAACUCCUUUAAUGAUUCUCUGCCGUCUCACAUAGAGUUAGGCCCAUUGGCUGUUUGACCUAAAAGUGAAUUACAGCUGGCAUAGACUGUCUUUCAAAUGAAAUUCCUUUUAGCUUAUUUCUUAGUAAGAAAUGCCAGUGAUUGUAUUAAAAAA